ACUGAUCUCCACACUGUUAUAAAGAUGGCGUUUAUUAAAGAGAAGAGUGAAGAUGUGAAGAUUGAAGAAACAUUCACAGUCAAACAGGAAGAUCUGCAGGAACAAACAGACCUAACUGAAGAGAAUGAGGGGAGUAAAGAGGAGGAACAUCAUGUCAAAAUUGAGGAAAAAACCCAUUUUCAGACUGAUGGUAUUUUGAAAAGGAAAGACAAGAAUCGUUUCACCUGCACUCAGUGUGGAAAGAGUUUUGUAAGACAAAGCAAUCUUAAAGUUCACAUGAGGAUCCACACUGGAGAAAAACCAUUCACAUGCACUCAGUGUGGAAUGAGUUUCAUCCAAUCAUCACACCUUAAUAAUCACAUGAAAAUCCACACUGGAGAGAAACCAUUCACAUGCACUCAGUGUGCGAAGAGUUUCAGUUUAUCGUCAUCCCUUAAUCUACACAUGAGGAUCCACACUGGAGAGAAACCUUUCAAAUGCACUCAGUGUGGGAAGAGUUUCAACCAAUCAGCACACCUUAAUGAACACAUGAAGAGGCACACUGGAGAGAAACCAUUCACAUGCACUCAGUGUGGGAAGAGUUUCAGCUGCUCAUCAAACCUUUAUCAACACAUGAGGAUCCACACUGGAGAGAGACCAUUCACAUGCACUCAGUGUGGGAAGAGUUUCAGCUACUCAUCAUACCUUAAUCUACACAUGAGGAUCCACACUGGAGAAAGACGAUUCACAUGCACUCAGUGUGGUAAAAGUUUCAGCAUAUUAUCAUCCCUUAAUAGUCACAUGAGGAUCCACACUGGAGAGAAACCAUUCACAUGCACUCAGUGUGGGAAGAGUUUCAGCAUAUCAUCAUCCCUUAAUAGUCACAUAAGGAUCCACACUGGAGAGAAACCAUUUACAUGCACUCAGUGUGGGAAGAGUUUCAGCCAAUCAUCAUCCCUUAAUAGGCACAUGAGGAUCCACACUGGAACAAAACCAUUCACUUGCACUUAAGCCGCGGUCACACUGGACUUUUCUCCCCUUAGACUUCCAUUCAUACUGUUAGACUUUUCCUAGUCCUCCCAGGUUAAAACAUCAGUCAGAGGCUUUAAAUAAGUUUUAUCAAUUAAAUUAAUUAGAUGAAUAAAGCAUUACAAAGCUCCGGGUGUCAGAGAAUAGCAACACAGGGUGUCUGUGUCAGCUGGGCACACACACCCACACCCUUGUCCCCCCUAUAUUUAUCGUUGUCUCUCUUCAGCCCCGCCCGGGGGCGCUUCAGUAAGAAAGAUCCUCCAUCCAGAUCAGUUCAAUCAUCAGUUGUUAGGCAGAACAGGAAAUCUGCACAGAAAAAGUUACACAUACACAUAACAGAGCCUGAAAGAGAGUGAGCCUUCGCCCCUCCCGUCUGUUAUGGUUCCUGUAAAUGAGCACACUCUGAAAGUGAAAUUGUAACAUUUUGUUGAUAACAAGUACAGAGGAGUUAACUUCUCGGUUAUCAGUCACACGAAGACACAGCUGUUAUGGAGCAAGGUUAGAUGAGGUUAAGCACAUGAGGUUAUAUGAGGAUAAACACAUCAGCAUAAGCUCAUGUAAUUAGUUAAAAACAGAAUUAAACUGUUAAUGCAAGGAUUAGUCUAUUAAUGUAUAGGAUGGAGUUAAAAUAAUCAAAAAAUCCUUCAAGAUGCACGCCAAUGCGUCAGACCAGAAACGCAAGUUCGUGUGUCAAGUUUCGCAGUUCGCCUUGCAAAGUUUAAGCUUGGUAAACUCUGACCUGCAAAAUCGCAUCACUAGACUGUGUGAGACCAAUCGAAGAUCAAAACAUGACCUCUCAUGACUGAAAUGUAAAAUAUGGACCAAUCGCUCACUUUUUUAAUGUCUAAUCAUCUUGUUUAAUCCCGCCCCUUUUCGCAGCGCUGUACAACAGAAUUUCGCAUGCUCAAACUCUAGUGUGAUCGUAGCUUCGGUGUGGGAUGAGUUUCAGCAACUCCUCAUACCUUAAUAAAUACAUGAUGACCCACACUGGAGAGAAGCCAUUCACAUGUACUCAGUGUGGGAAGAGUUUCAACCGAUCAGCAAACCUUAAUGAACACAUGAAGGUCCACACUGGUGUGAAAGAGUAUAUGUGCUUGAGUGUGAGAAGACUUAUUACAGCUCCAAAAUUUAAACUGCACCAGACGAUUCACACUGGAGAAACCGUACAAGUGUUCACACUGUGACAAGAGGUUUAAUCAGUUGACACAUCUGAAAACACAAAAGAAGAUUCACACUGGAGAGAUCUGAUCAGUGUCUACAGAGUUUCACUCAUUCGGCGCAGUUUAAUAAACACGUGGACAAAAAGUUGCACACAUGACAUGAAUGCAGCAAAACAUUUUCUCAUGUGCACAGGAUGUUUCAUGUCUGAAUAAUGUUUGAAAAGGCUGAGUGAUGGCAUUCUGUUUUUCAACACACCUACACUGCAGUAGGAGGAGUUGUAAAUGUGUUGCGCUUCUCAUGUUUACCGUAAACACAAUGAUGGCGGCUGAGAGAAGAACAGUUUCAUAAACAUCUGGCAAACAGCACCUCUGCAGCUUAAAAUUUCUUUGCAAGUGAUUUUACAGGUGAGGAUAUAUCUGUACUUUACUAUCCAGUGUAUUCAUGUAGCUAGUGUUGUUUUGGAUGAUGUUCUCUGUCUGACUUUCUGAAUGAGAAACAAACCACUGGGCUCCAGGACGGUUAGUUUGCAUCAGCUUAGAUGGCUGGCCAGCUCUAGGAAGAGUCCUGGUGGCUCCAAACAUCUUCCACUUACGGAUGAUGGAAGACACUGUGCUCAUUGGACCUUUCAGAGCAGCAGAAAAUUUUCUGUAACAUUUCCCGGCCUUGUGCCUCGAGACAAUCCUGUCCAGGAGGUGUACAGACAAUGCCCUUGUCUCCAUGCUUGGUUUGUGCUUUGACAUGCUCUGUCAACCCUGAGACCUUAUAUAGACAGGUGUAUGCCUUUCAAAUCAGGUCCAAACAACUGAAUUUACCACAGGUGAAGUCCAAUUAAGCUGCUGAAACAUCUCAAGAAUGAUCAGUGGAAACAGAAUGUGGGCUCAAUUUAGAGCUUCAGGGCAAAGGCUGUGAAUACUUAUGUACAAGUGAUUUUUCAGCUUUUUUAUUUUUAAUAAAUUUGCAACAAUUUCAAAAAAACUUUUUCACAUUCUCAUUAAUGGGGUAUUGUGUGUAGAAUUUUGAGGAAACAAAUGAAUUUAAUCCAUUUUGGAAUAAGGCUGUAGCAUAAAAAAAUUUGGAAAAAUGAAGCGCUAUCAAUACUUUCUGGAUGCGCUGUAUAUCUGUCAUUAGAACAGAAACAAGUCGGGGGAGUAAAUCAAGAUCUACCUGAGCUCAAACUCCCCUCUUGCCCUGCAUACGGGAGAGAGGUUAGGGCUUGAGGAUCUUAUGAGCUUAGGGCUCUCUCCCGGGACAGCAUACCAAACAAGUGUGUACUCUUGAAUACAUAUCAAGUUACUGAUAAUGAAACCCUUUGAACACCUGAUUACUUAAAAACUGAAAAGGGGUGAAGAUUUUGACAACUGUUUUGUAUUGUAGAUCAGGGAUCACAGCCCAGUUCCAGGUUGUGAUAUUUGCUACAGGGCUGCAAGAAUGCAAAAUAACUCUAUAUGUUGAUAGAUUGUGUGGCUUGUUUCAAAAGCAAACAAGUAUCAGCAUCUGAAAAGGUGUGAACCAAAUGGCCUAUAGGAACUUAAGAGUUGUGACCCAACCAAAGCAGUUGGGUAAUCUCCAGGGGGGUUACAUCCUUUGUUAUAAAGUAGUGUCUCACAGAGAGUACUUUGGGUUAAGCUACUUGAAGACCGACGAGUUAACAUCACUGCUGAGGAACUGCACUAUUUAUUGUCUUCAAUAAAGUCUUCUGCCCGUAAGAAUUUUGGUCAGCUUACUUAUUUGAUGUAUUAGAGUCAUCUAUACAUUGGCGAGCCACCCAUGAACGGUUAAGCCAAAUACAGCAAAUAAAUAAUCUAACAAUGUGUUUGAACUUAUUAUGAACCAAUAACCAUAUUUGUGCACAUUUCACACUUCA